AUGGGACUGCAGAAGCUGUUCCAGUUGGAGAUAGUGGGAACAGUGGGAAGGAUCAAGCAAAGGCCAACUGGUGGUUUGAGAACAUGGGAUCCUGAAACAGCUUACCUCACCAGAUGUGAUUUCAACAAUAACUCAAGACCAUUUUGUGACUGGACCCAGCCCUGCAGUAUCAACCAGGGAGUGUGGAUACGGACAAAGCAUGACACUCCGACUGAUGGAACAGGUCCUGAUGGAGACUAUCCUGAUGGAAAAGGUUAUUUCAUCUACCAAGAAGCAAGUAAUCUGAUCCCGUUCGACAUCAACAGGCUGGAAAGCCCAGAGACUGUUGUUUCUGAAAAAAUAUGCAUUGACUUCUGGUACUAUAUGUUUGGAUCAGAGGAGAUGAAUGAGCUGAGAGUGCUUAUCCAAGAUGGCACACAGGAGUCUGUGAUAUGGCAUCGGAAGGGAAACCAGAGCUCUUUUUGGAACUACGGUGCCAUCACUCACACUUUCCCAACACAGAGAAAGAUAAAGGUAAUUUUUGAGGCUGUCCGAGGACUAACAGAAUAUGGGGAUACAGCACUGGACAAUGUGAGAGUGAGGGAUGGAUCCUGUGAAGCUGGCCCUACACCUGUACCACCAACACCUACACCAACAGAGCCUACACCACCACCAGUGACAGAAGCAAUUUGCAGUAUACAUGGAGACCCUCACUACCACACAUUUGACAAGCAACUCCACAACUUCAUGGGCACCUGCACCUACACCCUCUCCAAGCUGUGUGAGAGCAACAGCUCCCUGCCCUACUUCAACGUGGAAGCAGCCAACGAGCACAGGGGGAGCAACACUCGUGUGUCCUACGUCCGAUACGUGGAUGUCGAUGUGGCUGACCAGCGGAUAAGGCUGGGGCAGGGUGGAGUGGUGACGGAGACCCUGUGCAAGAGCUUGCAGUCCUAUGUGGAUGCCUGUCAGGCCCUUGGGGUCCAGAUACCCGUGUGGAGGAACACAACCUUCUGCCCGAUCACCUGUCCGGCCAACAGUCACUAUGAGCCCUGUGCUGCUGCCUGCCCUGCCACCUGUGUUGACCCAAUGGCUCCAGUCACCUGCAGCCUGCCAUGCGUGGAGGGCUGUGUGUGUGACAGCGGGUACCUGCUCUACCACGACCGAUGUGUGCCCAGCCAGCAGUGCGGGUGUUGGCACAACGGGCAGCACUACCCCGUGGGCUCCGAGUUCUGGACGGACAACAGCUGCUCCUCCAAGUGCACGUGUCCUGCACAGGGAAGCAAAGUCCAGUGUUUCGAAGCCUCAUGCCCUGCGGGCCAGUACUGCGGGGUGCAGGGUGGGAAACCCGUGUGCCUCGAACACUCCUACGGCAUCUGUCACGUCCACGGGGACCCUCACUACAACACCUUUGACAAGGUGACGCACAACUUCAUGGGCAACUGCACCUACACCCUGGCCAAAGUGUGCUCCAACACCACCUCCCUGCCCUACUUCAAUGUGGAGGCCAAGAACGAGCAUCGUGGCAACAGCAGGGUGUCCUACGUGCGCGAAGUGCUGGUUGAGGUGUACGGACAGCGCAUUGCCAUCCUCAAGCAGGAGACGAGCCAAGUGCUGGUGAACGGCGUGCGCCAGACCCUGCCGGUGAGGGCAGCGGGAGGUGCGAUCACGGUGAGCAAGAGCGGCCGCUACAUCGUCCUGGAGACAGACUUCAGCCUCACAGUGUCCUACGACACUGACCACUCAGUGGAGGUGAAGGUGCCCACCACCUACUUCAACCUGACCUGUGGCAUGUGCGGGAACUUCAACAACCGGAGAGACGACGAAUACAUGAUUGCAGAGGAGGAGGUGCUCUACAAGUCGGACCGCUUCUGUGGCAUACUGACCAGCACGCCCAGCUCUUUUGAGACGUGCCACAGCGUGAUCAACCCCCAGAGCUACUUUGACACCUGCCUGUACGACCUUUGUGCCCUGAAUGGUGGCCAGGAGUUUCUGUGUGCUGCUCUGGAGGCCUACGCUGACGCGUGCCAGGCAGCCGGUGUGACUCUUCUGCCCUGGAGGAAUGCUACCUUCUGCCCUGUUGCAUGCCCUCCCAACAGUCAUUACAACCCAUGCACCAGUGCUUGUCCAGCAACCUGCACUGAUCCUCUUGCAUCUAAGAACUGCAGCAAACCUUGUGUAGAAGGAUGUGAAUGCAACAAUGGUUUUGUCAUCAGCGGGGGACAGUGUGUGUCCAUGAGCAACUGUGGCUGCCUUCAGAAUGACAAAUAUUAUGAGGUGGAUGGAGUUCAGGUUAAACUUCCUGUGGAUUUGAACCAUGGAGCCAGAGUAGCCGUAAAAGGACGCUACGUGGUCGUUGAUACCUCUCUAGGGAUCCAGGUUAAGUUUGAUGGUGACCAGGAGCUUUUCAUUCUGGUUGAUGAAAGUCUCAAAGGACAGCUGUGUGGUCUUUGUGGAACAUUCAAUGACAACCAACUAGAUGACUUUUUAAACCCGGAUAAAGUCCUAGAACAGGAUCCAAAUAAAUUUGGUGACAGCUGGAUAGUGAAGGAUGACAACAGGACGUGUAAUGCAGUUUCAGUUGUGCCGCCUGCUUGUGACACAGCAAAAGAGAAAGAAUAUGAAGAACUCUGCAAAAUUGUUUUGCAAAAUAGUGGACCUUUUCAGGCCUGCCAUUGGCACAUUCCCCCACAGCUGUACUUCGAGAGCUGUGUCUAUGAUCUGUGUGCCACAGAGGGGGAUUCUGACCAGUUCUGCAAGAUUUUAGAGGCAUAUGCUGCUGCCUGUGAACUUGGAGGUGUAAAUCUGGGUGAAUGGAGGAAAGAUACCAUCUGCGAAAUGACUCCAACCACACCAGGCACCACCAUCACCACACCUUCAGAAGAGACACCCACGUCAACACCCACGUCAACACCCACAUCAACACCCAUGCCAGGCACAGAGACCUGUGUGGUGGAAGGAGACCCUCACUACCACACAUUUGACAAGCAGCUACACAGCUUCAUGGGCACCUGCACUUACACCCUCUCCAAGCUAUGUGAGAGCAACAGCUCCCUGCCCUACUUCAACGUGGAAACAGCCAACGAGCACAGGGGGAGCAACACUCGUGUGUCCUACGUCCGAUACGUGGAUGUCGAUGUGGCUGACCAGCGGAUAAGGCUGGGGCAGGGUGGAGUGGUGACGGUGAAUGGAGUGGCAGAGAUCCUGCCUUGCAGCCCAUCCGCAGGUGUGCAGGUCUUGUCCAGUGGGUUCUACACUAUGGUCAUGACAGACUUUGGCUUGAGAGUGAAGUUUGAUGGGGUCCAUCGGGUGGAGGUGACACUUCCAAGCACCUUUGGGCAGAAGGUUUGUGGCAUGUGUGGGAACUACAACGGGAUGGCAGCAGAUGACUUCCUGAACCCGGAAGGGAUGCUGGAGCCAGACUCUACCAGCCUGGGCAACAGCUGGGAGGUGUCCAAAAACAGCAGCUGCUCAGCUGGAUCACUCCCCACCCCAGCCUGCAAUGACACGGACAAGCAGGUGAUCGCCAGCAGCCCCUUCUGUGGGCUCCUCACUGACACCAGUGGCCCCUUUCAGAUCUGCCACGCUGUGCUGAGCCCCAGCAGUUACUUUGAGACCUGCUCCUAUGACCUGUGUGAGCUGGGGCUGGACCAGGAGACCCUGUGCAAGAGCUUGCAGUCCUAUGUGGAUGCCUGUCAGGCCCUUGGGGUCCAGAUACCCGUGUGGAGGAACACAACCUUCUGCCCGAUCACCUGUCCGGCCAACAGUCACUAUGAGCCCUGUGCUGCUGCCUGCCCUGCCACCUGUUUUGACCCAAUGGCUCCAGUCACCUGCAGCCUGCCAUGCGUGGAGGGCUGUGUGUGUGACAGCGGGUACCUGCUCUACCACGACCGAUGUGUGCCCAGCCAGCAGUGCGGGUGUUGGCACAACGGGCAGCACUACCCCGUGGGCUCCGAGUUCUGGACGGACAACAGCUGCUCCUCCAAGUGCACGUGUCCUGCACGGGGAAGCAAAGUCCAGUGUUUCGAAGCCUCAUGCCCUGCGGGCCAGUACUGCGGGGUGCAGGGUGGGAAACCCGUGUGCCUCGAACACUCCUACGGCAUCUGUCACGUCCACGGGGACCCUCACUACAACACCUUUGACAAGGUGACGCACAACUUCAUGGGCAACUGCACCUACACCCUGGCCAAAGUGUGCUCCAACACCACCUCCCUGCCCUACUUCAAUGUGGAGGCCAAGAACGAGCAUCGUGGCAACAGCAGGGUGUCCUACGUGCGCGAAGUGCUGGUUGAGGUGUACGGACAGCGCAUUGCCAUCCUCAAGCAGGAGACGAGCCAAGUGCUGGUGAACGGCGUGCGCCAGACCCUGCCGGUGAGGGCAGCGGGAGGUGCGAUCACGGUGAGUAAGAGCGGCCGCUACAUUGUCCUGGAGACAGACUUCAGCCUCACAGUGUCCUACGACACUGACCACUCAGUGGAGGUGAAGGUGCCCACCACCUACUUCAACCUGACCUGUGGCAUGUGCGGGAACUUCAACAACCGGAGAGACGACGAAUACAUGAUGCCCAACGGGCAGCAAGCCGCAGACUCCAAUGCGCUGGGGGAGAGCUGGCAGGUCCCAGACAGUGACCCCUCUUGCGGUGUCCCCGUCCCCUCCCCACCCUGCAGUGCAGAGGAGGAGGAGCUCUACAAGUCGGACCGCUUCUGUGGCAUACUGACCAGCACGCCCAGCUCUUUUGAGACGUGCCACAGCGUGAUCAACCCCCAGAGCUACUUUGACACCUGCCUGUAUGACCUUUGUGCCCUGAAUGGUGGCCAGGAGUUUCUGUGUGCUGCUCUGGAGGCCUAUGCUGACGCAUGCCAGGCAGCCGGCGUGACUCUUCUGCCCUGGAGGAAUGCUACCUUCUGCCCCCUGAAGUGUCCUUCCAACAGCUCCUAUGACCCUUGCAUGACCGGCUGUCCUGCCACCUGUGUUGACCGACAAGCCCCACAGAACUGCUCCAAGCCCUGCGUGGAGGGCUGUGCGUGUACCUCUGGCUUCCUCCUCAGCGGAGACACCUGUGUGCCCGAGGCCCAGUGUGGCUGCCUCUUUGAGGACAACUACUACAGCGAAGGCGAGUACUUCGUGAAUGAGAAUUGCACUCGCCGGUGCUGGUGUGAAGCCAACAGCCAGAUGGUUUGCUCUGCCUUGUCCUGUGGCGAGGAGGAGGUCUGCAAGAUCCAGAACGGCCAGAGGGGCUGUUACCCAGCCAGCACUGCGCUCUGCCACAUCUACGGUGACCCGCAUUACAGCACCUUCGAUGGGAAGCUUCACCACUUCCAGGGCUCCUGCAACUACACCGUUGUGACAGGCUGUGACAACUCCUCCAUCGGGUUCAGUGUCACCACCCGCAACGAACAUCGUGGCAGCCAGAGCUGGACAGCUCUGAACUCUGUGGCACUGUCCCUGGAAGGCCUCCACGUUGCACUGCGCGAGCGCAAGGCCGUCUACGUCAACGGUGCUCUGGUCUCCCUGCCUGCUUCUCCUGCCCCCGGUGUGACCAUUUCCCUGAGCGGCUCCUACGUGCAUGUUUCCACCAAGCUGGGCCUGCAGCUGCAGUUCAACGGGGACCACGAGCUCCUCGUGAAGGUGUCUGAGAAGCACAAGGGCAAGCUCUGUGGGCUGUGUGGGACGUACACUGGGAGCCAGCAGGACGACUUCACGCGCCCCGAUGGAGUUGUCGUGCCCGACUUCAAUGACUUUGGAGCCAGCUGGAUGGUGCCGGAUGAUGAGUGGCCGUGUGACCCAGCCAUCGGCCCGCCUGUGUCCUGCUCCCCUGCCGAGGAGGAGGCAGCUAACAAGCAGUGUUCAAUCCUCACGCAUCUGGGUGGCCCGUUCCAGCCGUGCCAUGCAGUUCUGCCACCCCAGACCUACUUUGAGAGCUGUGUCUAUGACCAGUGUGCCACGGGCAACAGCACGGAGCAGCUCUGCAAUGACCUGGGGGCCUAUGCCACAGCCUGUACGGAGGCAGGGGUUGCCCUGGGAGACUGGAGUGCUGGCACUGUCUGUGCUCCCCCGACAGACUGCAAUUUCACCUGCACAUUCGACAAGGACUUCUGUGGCUGGGUGCAGGCAGACUACAGCAGCAUUGACUGGAUAAGGAACAGAGGCCCAACGCCCACACCAAAUACCGGCCCCUCCUCUGACCACACAACUGGAGACGGCUACUACAUCUACCUGCGAGGGACUGAUGAUGCUCUCUCCGGGUUUGUGGCUGUCCUGGUCGGUCCGGUGUGCAGCUGGGAAGGAACCCACUGCUUCCGCUUCUGGUACCACAUGUACGGAAACUCUGAAAUGGCCCUGCGGGUGUACGUGGCAAAGGACUCUGAGCAAGUGGAGGUGUGGAAUCAAGAAGGGAACCAUGGGGACACGUGGCACUUGGGAGAGGUGACGGUGCACAUCACAGGAAAUACGCAGAUUUUGCUGGAGGGACAGUGGGGCGAAGACGCCCGGAGCAACGUAGCAUUGGAUGACCUGUCCAUUGAAAAGGGAUCCUGUGCAGGUCCACUUCCUCCUAGACCCUCAACCCCACUGCCUAACAUCACAACGCAGACAACACCAAGACCACCAACAGCACCACCGGGGACGUCCUCAGCUCCCCCAACAGACUGCAAUUUCACCUGCACAUUCGACAAGGACUUCUGUGGCUGGGUGCAGGCAGACUACAGCAGCAUUGACUGGAUAAGGAACAGAGGCCCAACGCCCACACCAAAUACCGGCCCCUCCUCUGACCACACAACUGGAGACGGCUACUACAUCUACCUGCAAGGGACUGAUGAUGCUCUCUCCGGGUUUGUGGCUGUCCUGGUCGGUCCGGUGUGCAGUUGGGAAGGAACCCACUGCUUCCGCUUCUGGUACCACAUGUACGGAAACUCUGAAAUGGCCCUGCGGGUGUACGUGGCAAAGGACUCUGAGCAAGUGGAGGUGUGGAAUCAAGAAGGGAACCAUGGGGACACGUGGCACUUGGGAGAGGUGACGGUGCACAUCACAGGAAAUACGCAGAUUUUGCUGGAGGGACAGUGGGGCGAAGACGCCCGGAGCAACGUAGCAUUGGAUGACCUGUCCAUUGAAAAGGGAUCCUGUGCAGGUCCACUUCCUCCUAGACCCUCAACCCCACUGCCUAACAUCACAACGCAGACAACACCAAGACCACCAACAGCACCACCGGGGACGUCCUCAGCUCCCCCGACAGACUGCAAUUUCACCUGCACAUUCGACAAGGACUUCUGUGGCUGGGUGCAGGCAGACUACAGCAGCAUUGACUGGAUAAGGAACAGAGGCCCAACGCCCACACCAAAUACCGGCCCCUCCUCUGACCACACAACUGGAGACGGCUACUACAUCUACCUGAGAGGGACUGAUGAUGCUCUCUCCGGGUUUGUGGCUGUCCUGGUCGGUCCGGUGUGCAGUUGGGAAGGAACCCACUGCUUCCGCUUCUGGUACCACAUGUACGGAAACUCUGAAAUGGCCCUGCGGGUGUACGUGGCAAAGGACUCUGAGCAAGUGGAGGUGUGGAAUCAAGAAGGGAACCAUGGGGACACGUGGCACUUGGGAGAGGUGACGGUGCACAUCACAGGAAAUACGCAGAUUUUGCUGGAGGGACAGUGGGGCGAAGACGCCCGGAGCAACGUAGCAUUGGAUGACCUGUCCAUUGAAAAGGGAUCCUGUGCAGGUCCACUUCCUCCUAGACCCUCAACCCCACUGCCUAACAUCACGACGCAGACAACACCAAGACUACCAACAGCACCACCGGGGACGACCUCAGGGACCUGUGUGGUGGAAGGAGACCCUCACUACCACACAUUUGACAAACAGCUACACAGCUUCAUGGGCACCUGCACUUACACCCUCUCCAAACUGUGUGAGAGCAACAGCUCCCUGCCCUACUUCAACGUGGAAGCAGCCAACGAGCACAGGGGGAGCAACACUCGUGUGUCCUACGUCCGAUACGUGGAUGUCGAUGUGGCUGACCAGCGGAUAAGGCUGGGGCAGGGUGGAGUGGUGACGGUGAAUGGAGUGGCAGAGAUCCUGCCUUGCAGCCCAUCCGCAGGUGUGCAGGUCUUGUCCAGUGGGUUCUACACUAUGGUCAUGACAGACUUUGGCUUGAGAGUGAAGUUUGAUGGGGUCCAUCGGGUGGAGGUGACACUUCCAAGCACCUUUGGGCAGAAGGUUUGUGGCAUGUGUGGGAACUACAACGGGAUGGCAGCAGAUGACUUCCUGAACCCAGAAGGGAUGCUGGAGCCAGACUCUACCAGCCUGGGCAACAGCUGGGAGGUGUCCAAAAACAGCAGCUGCUCAGCCGGAUCACUCCCCACCCCAGCCUGCAAUGACACGGACAAGCAGGUGAUCGCCAGCAGCCCCUUCUGUGGGCUCCUCAUUGACACCAGUGGCCCCUUUCAGAUCUGCCACGCUGUGUUGAGCCCCAGCAGUUACUUUGAGACCUGCUCCUAUGACCUGUGUGAGCUGGGGCUGGACCAGGAGACCCUGUGCAAGAGCUUGCAGUCCUAUGUGGAUGCCUGUCAGGCCCUUGGGGUCCAGAUACCCGUGUGGAGGAACACAACCUUCUGCCCGAUCACCUGUCCGGCCAACAGUCACUAUGAGCCCUGUGCUGCUGCCUGCCCUGCCACCUGUGUUGACCCAAUGGCUCCAGUCACCUGCAGCCUGCCAUGCGUGGAGGGCUGUGUGUGUGACAGCGGGUACCUGCUCUACCACGACCGAUGUGUGCCCAGCCAGCAGUGCGGGUGUUGGCACAACGGGCAGCACUACCCGGUGGGCUCCGAGUUCUGGACGGACAACAGCUGCUCCUCCAAGUGCACGUGUCCUGCACAGGGAAGCAAAGUCCAGUGUUUCGAAGCCUCAUGCCCUGCGGGCCAGUACUGCGGGGUGCAGGGUGGGAAACCCGUGUGCCUCGAACACUCCUACGGCAUCUGUCACGUCCACGGGGACCCUCACUACAACACCUUUGACAAGGUGACGCACAACUUCAUGGGCAACUGCACCUACACCCUGGCCAAAGUGUGCUCCAACACCACCUCCCUGCCCUACUUCAAUGUGGAGGCCAAGAACGAGCAUCGUGGCAACAGCAGGGUGUCCUACGUGCGCGAAGUGCUGGUUGAGGUGUACGGACAGCGCAUUGCCAUCCUCAAGCAGGAGACGAGCCAAGUGCUGGUGAACGGCGUGCGCCAGACCCUGCCGGUGAGGGCAGCGGGAGGUGCGAUCACGGUGAGCAAGAGCGGCCGCUACAUCGUCCUGGAGACAGACUUCAGCCUCACAGUGUCCUACGACACUGACCACUCAGUGGAGGUGAAGGUGCCCACCACCUACUUCAACCUGACCUGUGGCAUGUGCGGGAACUUCAACAACCGGAGAGACGACGAAUACAUGAUGCCCAACGGGCAGCAAGCCGCAGACUCCAAUGCGCUGGGGGAGAGCUGGCAGGUCCCAGACAGUGACCCCUCUUGCGGUGUCCCCGUCCCCUCCCCACCCUGCAGUGCAGAGGAGGAGGAGCUCUACAAGUCGGACCGCUUCUGUGGCAUACUGACCAGCACGCCCAGCUCUUUUGAGACGUGCCACAGCGUGAUCAACCCCCAGAGCUACUUUGACACCUGCCUGUAUGACCUUUGUGCCCUGAAUGGUGGCCAGGAGUUUCUGUGUGCUGCUCUGGAGGCCUAUGCUGACGCAUGCCAGGCAGCCGGCGUGACUCUUCUGCCCUGGAGGAAUGCUACCUUCUGCCCCCUGAAGUGUCCUUCCAACAGCUCCUAUGACCCUUGCAUGACCGGCUGUCCUGCCACCUGUGUUGACCGACAAGCCCCACAGAACUGCUCCAAGCCCUGCGUGGAGGGCUGUGCGUGUACCUCUGGCUUCCUCCUCAGCGGAGACACCUGUGUGCCCGAGGCCCAGUGUGGCUGCCUCUUUGAGGACAACUACUACAGCGAAGGCGAGUACUUCGUGAACGAGAAUUGCUCUCGCCGGUGCCGGUGUGAAGCCAACAGCCAGAUGGUUUGCUCUGCCUUGUCCUGUGGCGAGGAGGAGGUCUGCAAGAUCCAGAACGGCCAGAGGGGCUGUUACCCAGCCAGCACUGCGCUCUGCCACAUCUACGGUGACCCGCAUUACAGCACCUUCGAUGGGAAGCUUCACCACUUCCAGGGCUCCUGCAACUACACCGUUGUGACAGGCUGUGACAACUCCUCCAUCGGGUUCAGUGUCACCACCCGCAACGAACAUCGUGGCAGCCAGAGCUGGACAGCUCUGAACUCUGUGGCACUGUCCCUGGAAGGCCUCCACGUUGCACUGCGCGAGCGCAAGGCCGUCUACGUCAACGGUGCUCUGGUCUCCCUGCCUGCUUCUCCUGCCCCCGGUGUGACCAUUUCCCUGAGCGGCUCCUACGUGCAUGUUUCCACCAAGCUGGGCCUGCAGCUGCAGUUCAACGGGGACCACGAGCUCCUCGUGAAGGUGUCUGAGAAGCACAAGGGCAAGCUCUGUGGGCUGUGUGGGACGUACACUGGGAGCCAGCAGGACGACUUCACGCGCCCCGAUGGAGUUGUCGUGCCCGACUUCAAUGACUUUGGAGCCAGCUGGAUGGUGCCGGAUGAUGAGUGGCCGUGUGACCCAGCCAUCGGCCCGCCUGUGUCCUGCUCCCCUGCCGAGGAGGAGGCAGCUAACAAGCAGUGUUCAAUCCUCACGCAUCUGGGUGGCCCGUUCCAGCCAUGCCAUGCAGUUCUGCCACCCCAGACCUACUUUGAGAGCUGUGUCUAUGACCAGUGUGCCACGGGCAACAGCACGGAGCAGCUCUGCAAUGACCUGGGGGCCUAUGCCACAGCCUGUACGGAGGCAGGGGUUGCCCUGGGAGACUGGAGUGCUGGCACUGUCUGUGGUCCAUCAACACCAACACCCACGACUCCCUUGCCAGGCACUACAAUGCAGCCUGCCCACACAACAUCCCCAACAACACCAAUACCCAGCUCAGACCGUGCUUCCUGCACCGCCUCUGGAGAUCCACAUUAUAACACUUUUGACCACAGAGUCCAUAAUUUCAUGGGAAAUUGCACUUACACGCUCUCCAAAGUGUGCAAUGUCUCUGAGAAGCUUCCAUACUUCCAUGUGUCCACAACAAAUGAGCACAGAGGAGCCAACACCAAAGUCUCUUAUGUGAAGUCAGUGCAAGUGGAAGUCUAUGACAACCAGAUUUCUCUACUGAAAAACAAGAAAGUGAAUGUGAAUGGUCGCAGAAUGAACCUGCCUGUAUUUAUUGAGAAGAAAAUCAGUAUUCAAAGCAGUGGUGGAUAUAUUCUCUUGGAAACUGACUUUGGACUGUGGGUUAGAUAUGAUGGAAACCACUAUGCGGAAGUCUCCGUGCCCUCUAAUUACAGUCAUCUGCUCUGUGGCCUCUGUGGUAAUUAUAAUGGUGAUCCAAAUGAUGACAAUAUAAAACCCAAUGGUGAUAUUGCCAGUGGUUCUACUGAUCUUGGAGAAAGCUGGCUUGUACCUGAGAAUAACACCAUAUGCUCCAGUGGUGGGACAGAAGAGCAGUGUGAUCCUGUGUUGGAGAGUGAAGCAAAGAAGAACACAGCAUGUGGUAUGAUCACAGACCCAACAGGAAUCUUCAAGGACUGUCAUACCAAAGUGCCUCCAGAGAAUUUCUUUGAAAAUUGUGUUUAUGACAUGUGUUUCACUGGUGGACAGGCAAUAUCCCUAUGCUACGGACUACAGGCCUAUGCUGAGUCAUGUAUCAAUGCUGGCAUAUGCAUAGAGUGGAGGAAUUCUACUCUUUGCCCAAUGUCCUGUCCUGGAGGCAGCAUCUACAAGAGCUGUGGUACUAGGUGUCCCUCUACCUGUUUGAACAUCUCAGCAGCUGAUUCCUGCAGUUCUUUACCAGUGGAAGGUUGCUUCUGUAAGGAAGGUUAUGUUUUGAGUGGAGACAAAUGUGUGCCGGAAAGCAGCUGUGGUUGUGUUGAUGAAAAGAACCAGUAUCACCAGCUGGAUGAAAGCUGGUUCACCCAUUAUCCCUGCACUGAACGCUGCACCUGCAAGGCUAAUAACACCAUUGAAUGCACAUCCUGGGAGUGUGGAGUCCAAGAGGAAUGCAGCAUUCAGGAUGGUGUGCUGGGCUGUCAUUCCAAUGGUCAAGCAACAUGUCAAGUGAUAGGAGACCCCCAUUAUUUCACUUUUGAUGGAAUGAAGUACACUUUCAUGGGAACCUGCACCUACACUUUGGUUGAGGUUGUCAACACUUCCACCAAUGUCAUUCCUAUAACCAUACUGGGCAAGAAUGAAGACAGAGGACUGAGAGGGGCCACAUACCUGAAAGAAGUCUAUAUAGAUGUGCAUGAUGUACGAAUCACCCUUCAGAAAAACCAAGGAAUCCUGCUGAACAAUGAGAGAGUCUACACUCCAGUGGAGAACCGACUGCAAGGCGUGUCCAUUGGAAAUGUUGGCAGAUUUAUAGUCGUGGAAACUGACUUUGGUGUGAUAGUGAAAUAUGACGGCGAUCACCAUCUGGAAAUCACCCUCCCACAAUCUUAUUUCUCACAGGUGCAUGGCAUGUGUGGUAAUCUCAAUGAUAAUCGUGAAGAUGAUCUGUCCUUGCCCAAUGGAACAGUUGUCAGUGCCACACAGUUUGGAAAUAGCUGGAAAGUGGAGGAAGACAGUGAUAAGGGUUGCUUACCAGACUUAAGAGAAGAUGAUAAUCCCCCUUGCACUGCUGAGAAUAAACAAGUCAUUGAAAGCCAGUGUAAUGUCCUAAAAUCAGACAAAUUCAAAGUAUGCCAUAAUCUAGUCAACCCUGAAGACUUUGUAGAGAUCUGCAUCUAUGACAUGUGCCAGUAUGAUGGCAUGAAGUCUGCUCUCUGCGACAUAGUUCAAGCUUAUGUGGAGACCUGCAAGAACCAUGGAAUCACCAUUAAAUGGAGGAAUAACACAUUCUGUCCAUUGCCCUGCCCAUCCCGGAGCCAUUACAAAGACUGUGUCUCUGCCUGUCCAUCAACAUGCAAUGACAUUUUUGCCUCUUCCCUUUGUGACAAGACAGAAGAGUGUACAGAGGGCUGUGAGUGUGAUGAUAAUUAUGUGCUCAGUAAUGGCAACUGUGUACCUCUGAGCAGUUGUGGCUGCAGGGAUGAUGACAACAAUUACUACAGUGCUGGGGAGACAUGGAUAACUCCAUACUGCGCCAGAAGAUGCCAGUGUCAGAAGAACGGUGUCAUCAGUUGUAACAGCUAUAGCUGUGAUUCUAGAGAAACCUGUGUGAUCCAAAAUGGAAAACACAAGUGCCAUCCAACAGGUUUUGGAAGAUGCCAGAUCCUGGGCGACCCACACUACACCACCUUCGACGGUCUGGUGCACCACUUCCAAGGGAAAUACACGUAUAUUUUGGCUCAGACCAUCCCUGACCUACCUGAUACUCUCACACCGUUCAGCAUUGAAGGCAUUAACUCUCCUUUACUCCUAUUUCGACACAUUACCUACCUGAAAGAGAUUCUCAUCAAUGUUUACAACCACACAGUGCGGUUCAGGCAGAACAAGCAGGUUCUGUUGGAUGGUGUCCGUGUGAGACCCCCUCUUCGACCUCAUGAAGGUAUUCAUAUAUAUCAGAGGAUAACAAGAAUUUACCUAGAGACAGAUUUUGGCUUAUAUGUGAGCUUUGAUGGCAAUCAAAAUGCAGAUAUAAAGCUGGCCAACACCUAUGGAAGCAGAGUGGAAGGCUUGUGUGGUGACUUUGAUGGGAGAUAUAGAAAUGACUUCACAAAUCCAGAUGGUGUUUGGGUGAAGAACGUGAAUGUAUUCGGUGAAAGUUGGAAAGUUCCUUUAAAAAGAAGCUCUCGUUUCAGACGAGAUGUCAACUCAGGAAAUGAGUCUGCGGAGGAGCCAGAUCCAGGGCUUUUCCAAGGUUGCAACGAAAAUCAGCUGGAGCAGCAAAAUGCAACUUCAAGAUGCCAAAUCCUGACUGACCUGAAUGGUCCUUUUGCAACGUGUCAUUCCACAGUCCUACCGGAUUUCUAUUUCACGAGCUGCCUGUUUGAUAUGUGUGUGGAAGGAGAUGAGGUCACUACCUUGUGUCGCAGUCUGGAGGAAUAUGUGCUGGCCUGUCAGCAGCAAGGAGUCAGUAUGGAUGGCUGGAGACAACAGACAGUUUGUGGUAUAUCAUGUCCUGCCAACAGCAACUACAGCUCAUGCACGUCUGCAUGCCCAGCAUCCUGCAACGACCUGACCAGCCCUUCUGAGUGUGAAUCACCUUGUGUGGAAGGCUGUGAAUGUCUCCCUGGCUAUGUUCUUAGUGGUUUUGACUGUGUGCCUUACAAAGAGUGUGGCUGCACAUACCUGAACAAAUACUAUGAGAUUGGAGAAAUAUUCACCACUGAUGACUGCUCUCAGACAUGCCAGUGCACAGAAAGCUCCACUGUUUUCUGCUCUGACAAAGUGUGUGGGUCUGAUGAAAUCUGUGGCAUCUCCAACUACACUCGUGGAUGCUACAGGAGUGGACCAUGUAUGCCAAACCCUUGUCAGAAUGACGGUGUUUGCUCUGAAACUACCAAUGGCACCUCUCUCCUCUUCUACUGUGAAUGUUCAGAGCUGUACACAGGAGCAACGUGUGAGGCUGAAAAGACAGCUGAAGACCCUGACACAGAGGAUCCCAAGGACUAUACAUAUGCCAUCGUCAUCGGAGUCGUGGCAGGUGUAGUUGUUAUUGUCAUUCUCAUCUCAUCUACAGUGUACCUGUACAGGAGAAAGAGAAAUGUGGAUACACAUACAAUAACAAGGGAUUCUUCUUUGAAGUGGUCCAGGGAUGAACUGGAUGCCAGAGUACACGAGCAAGAUUAUGGCUGCAUCGUGAACAGUGCAUUUGAUCAAAAUGAAUCCCAAAAUACACAGCUAUAG